AUGUCCGCAUUCGCACCUGCCCCCAAACCCGAGAACCUUCUCGCGCGCUACCGCGUCCUCUCCCCCAAGGCCGCUGUGCACGUAUCGCAGCUCCAGCUUGGCGCGAUGAGCAUCGGCGACAAGUGGGAUCAGUUUGGCAACUUCAUCGACACCGCGAAUAACUACCAAGACCAGUCCAGCGAGGAGUUCAUUGGCGAGUGGGCGGAGAAGCGUGGGAUCCGGAAUGAGCUAGUCAUCGCAACCAAGUACACGUCCAACUACGUGGGCCGCGAUGGGAAGACGACGCAACGGGUUCUCUUCUCGGGCAACAACUUCAAGUCGAUGGCAAUGUCUGUCGAGGACAGUCUCCGCAAGCUGCGCACGUCGUACAUCGACAUUCUCUACGUGCACUGGUGGGACUACGACACCUCCGUCGAGGAGGUUAUGAUCGGCCUUAACAACCUCAUCAAACAGGGGAAGGUUCUCUAUCUCGGUGUAUCAGACACGCCUGCAUGGAUUGUUUCGAAGGCGAACCAGUAUGCCCGUGACCACGGCUUGUCUGAGUUCAUCAUCUACCAGGGUGCAUGGAACGUCCGCGUCAUGUCACGCGACUUCGAGCGCAAGAUUAUUCCCAUGGCGCGUCAAGAACGCAUGGCCCUCGCUCCGUGGAACGAGCGCUCCGACUCGGAGGAUGAGCGCAAGGUCGCGAGUGCGCUUCAGCGCAUCAGCAAUGAGGUCGGCACAUCGCACGUCACGGCCGUCGCAAUAGCGUACGUGACGCAGAAGACGACGCACGUGUUCCCGAUUAUUGGAGGGCGCAAGAUCGAGCACCUGCAGGCGAACAUUGAUGCGCUCAAGAUCACGCUUACGCCUGAGCAUAUUCAGGAGCCCGAGAGCCUCGUCCCGUUUAGCUUGGGCUUCCCGUACGACUUCUUCGGAUCGGACAGCAACGAGUAUGGCUGGAUGAUGAAGAUGGCUGCGUGGUUGGAGAAGCAACCACACGCCAAGCCCAUCGCCCCCGACAGCGACUAGAAGAGCUGUUUUCGAGCUGGUCAAUUUUAUAUAUCAUCAGUGCUUCAUGUAUAAUACGACAGUAAUGCAUCCAAUGUGAACUACUCAG